CUCGAAUCGGACGUCCGCAUCGCCGGAUGCUUCUCCAUGGUCCGCGCCUUCUCCCACCUCGCCAACCGACGUCUCAUUGGUCAACUCUUAAGAUUUCCCUUUCUCCUCGAAUCCGAGACUUCUCAUUGGAGCGCAGAUACCGACGUCUCCCACUCCUCGGAGAACCUUCUAGAACCCAGCUCUCGGGUAUAAAAGAAGGAACAAUCAGAGCGGCAGCGCAUUAAUUCUUGAACAGUUUAACUGGCAAGAGUACCUCAUCGAAUAGCGAGCAAGGCUAUUGCAAUCGUAACUCAAUAACUAAUCAAGUGCGCUAGCUUGAUUAGUCUACAGCUCUACUCUACAACUAAAUCAGUUCUUUUUAGAACUUUUCACCGGUUGACUAGCACUUUUCAGCGCUAGCCAACCAAACCUCCGGGUUCGUAAGAUAAUUCUCAUUGACGAGUUUCUCCAGCUAAGUUGACUAGCACUUCUCAGCGCUAGCCAACUCGACCUCCGGGUCAGUAAGAAAACUUAUCACACUAGUUCUUCUCAGGACUUCUCAGCAAUCUACGUAGAAACUCUAACCAACGGUCUUUUUAAAGACCAAAUCGGCCUUUCUCAAGGCCACCACAUCAAUUCAACGUACGAAUUCCUCUUCAUUACAACCCAAUUCACCGGCAGACUCCUCGUUUGAACACCUGUGGCCAUUACCGCUGACCUGAUUGAUGUUAUGCACGAGACUCAAAGAAAUGAAGCCGUCGACGCGUCCCUUGUUGUCAUCGACAAGAAUUUCAAGUCUAAAGCGAUCAAAAAAUACUACCCACGGCACCCUACUUAUGUUCUAUCGACCGACUCAAUUGACCGACUCCGGAAAAAUAUUAAUCAAAUAAAAUCCAGUGAAAUUUGGAACAUCGCUUCAGUGAUUGUUGGAAUAGGAAAAGAUUGUGACCGUGCAGGGAAAGUUCUCCAGAUGACUUGGAAGAUCGAGGCUUUGUCUUCUUAUUUUGUAUGUCAGCAUAGUUUAAGCAACAGGACCAUCAUCUACACCUUCAACCCCUACACGGAUCGAGCCCCCGAACCCUGGAGGAAAGAGAAGAUUACAAACAAACCAAAUGACAGAUGGACGUUGUACAGACAGCAAUUCGUCAACGACAAAAGCAUGUGUUCGAGUAUUACCUUCGACAAGACCAAAUCGUUAGAUGGAUAUCCAGUUAAAGGCUUUAUGUUUACCGACGAGAAAGAUAAAGUAAUGACUGGUCUACCUCCUAUUGAAUCAUACGGUUCCAGAAAUACCAUGUACACAACUUUAAAAGAUCUUAUCGCUGCAUCAAAUGUCACAUUGAUUACUUAUUCAAAGCAAACUUCUCAUAAUUACGGCCCUGUCUUCUCAUCAUUAUCAAAUAGAACCUAUGACAUGAUUCUACUUUGCCUGCUAUCGGGAUCUUUCCCCCCUGAAUUUCUUGACGUCGCUUCAUUGUAUUUUGAAAAUGGCUUCGUAAUAGUAACAAAAAAACAGAGUAUUAUACCGGCAAUCGAACAAAUAAUCGAUCAAGUAUUUACCAAACAAUCGAUAAUAAUUUCCUGUGUUAUUUUGAUCUUUAUAUUUAUGAUGAUUCUGCUGAAUCACAAGUUCCAAUUCGGUGCGGCCGCUCUAGAUCUCUUGGCAUUGAUUCUUAACAGGGGAAUAUUGACUCCCAUGGAUAGGUUAUCUAUGCGCAUAACCUUCAUAAGUGCCACGUUGUUUGUUUUAAUUUUCAACCCGGCUCUACAGGGACAAUUGUCUGCUGUAUUAACUAGACCAGGUACUAAAAACGUUGAAACUUUACGGGAUCUGCGUGACAACAACUAUCAGGUUUAUCACCAUUAUUAUAUUGAAAAGUGGCUCAUCGACACACAAUUGUGGUCAAACGAUUCUUUUGGCAAACAAGUAUCGUCUUAUUGGGGUCAUCUAGACGGUUGCAGAAAAUUGAUUGGACAAAAUAAUUCAGUUGCUUGCAUCAUAUUCGAUGAUUUUCUUGAUGAUAUAAAAUCUAGUGACGAGUUUCAUUUUUCUAAAGAGAAAUCGUUUAACAUACAUGAAUUUCUCGCGGUUCGAAAACAAUGGCCGUUAAAAAAGAAGAUCGAUGAAGUAGCCAUGAGACUUGUGGAGUCUGGUUUCAUAGAACACUCGGAAAGACAAAAUGUGUACAAGAAUUACGUGAGGAAACAAAAAUUGAUUAAUAGAAUUAAGAUGCGCGAACAAAAUGACCAAUUGGAUUUCGAGAAAUUUGAGUUGUUUUUGUUGUUUGUUAUACUCAGCGUAAUUUGGCUGUUUCUGAUUCUUCUUUUUGAGAUAAUGUGUAAAAAGAUGCAGGACUACCAUGAAAGGCGUCUGCGAGAAUCGAAAAUGAGAACAUUGAUGAUGAGAAUGAGAAUGGCGACUGCCAUUAGACAAAUGACUUUUUUUGCCGAACAAAAUUGAUUAUUUUUAAUAUCACGUGUGAUGUUUUACUGCGACGUGUUUAUUUAUCGAUUGCUGUCGUGUGUUGUUUAAAUUACUGGCAAUAUCGCGUUUCGUUGACAUUCUAUCAAAAGACCUAUCAACCAUCGAAGGCACAAGGGCGUCAAAAAUUUUCUUUUCUAUAAUUUUCCCUUUUUUUCUUCAAAUAUAAGAAAUCCAAAUUUUGUUUUUCCAUCGAUUCAAUUUCGGGUUAAUUUUUUUUACGCCCUUUUAGGUCCCGAGUAUUAAAAGGUCAUAAAUAAAAUUUACAUUGAAAAAAAAAAAAUUUUAAUGCUCUCUGACAUCUAUGACUCGUAAAGUUUCAUUGUUUAUUUAAUAUGUCGUGUGAAACCGAGGAGGGUCGGGCAAAAUGGACCCCUCCAAAAAUUUUGUUUUUUCCACAAUUGAUUUUAUAAGUCACCCAUGCCUCUUAUCACGAUUUUUACACAAUUUCGAAUGAUCAAAAAUUAUUUCUUACUUUUUUCGGGGAUGGCCCGUUUUUCCCGCUUGGAAAAAAAAAUUUUUUCGAAGGCUUCUGGAAAUUUGGUUAAAUGACUUCAAAUUAACCCGUGUAAAAAAAAUUGUUUAAAAAAGGUUAAAAAAGUGUUUACUAGUCUAAACUUCAAAACGUGACACAACGACGAAUUAUUUUUGAACGUUUUUUAAACUUUCGAAAAUUCCGGGGAAAAAUCUUAAAUGUCCUGAUAUUAUUAAAAUAAGAUAAAACGAAAAAAGGUCAAAAAUAGUUCGAAAUCCGUUUUUUCUGAACGGAUUGUGUACUGAAAAAUGUUAAUUUGUGGUAUUAAGUCAAUUUUUUUUUUCUGUGCAUUUUUAGAAGUUUGAAAAUCGUUUGAAAAAAGGUCGUCAUUGUGUCAAGUUUUGAAGUUUAGAAUAGUCAACACUUUUUUAACCUUUUUUCAACAAUUUUUUUUACACGGGAAAGUCAAGAAAUAAGAUCCGAAGAAUUUGAAUCCACGAAAACUCAUUACUUUUUUAGUGGUCCUGUUUUGCCCACCCUUUCACUAUUUUAUUAUUAAGAGAAGAAAAUUUGAUGUAUUUUCUUAUUAAUAUUUUGUGUAAAAUUAUUGUCAAUUUGUUGAAGCUCAAAAAAUUAUA